AUGCCACCCAAACAAGAUUGGGAAAAGUCCAAAAAGACUUCAGAUGACAUUGCAGCGACUGAUGACAUCAUUGCGCUCGACGAGGGAGAUAUCCAACUUCUGAAGACCUAUGGACAAGGGCCCUACGCGCGACAACUUCGAACGAUCGAGAAAGACCUUCAGGAUCUCCAGAAACGGAUCGGCGAAAAGAUGGGUGUCAAGGAGAGUGAUACCGGCUUAGCACCCCCGAACCUCUGGGAUACGGCGGUCGAUCGAGUCCGAAUGAGCCAAGAGACUUCCUGUUUACAAGUCGCUAGGUGUACCAAGAUCAUCCGUGCACCCGAUGCAAACGCCACCCCUGAGGAUGAAGCCAGCAGACGAGCCAACGGAAGGCAACCUGCCGGUGCUGGGGCAGGCGGCAGAACUCUUCCAGGCGCUGGAAUGUCCCGUCCUAAUGCUGACGAGGAAGACAAAUACGUUAUCAAUGUUAAACAAAUCGCAAAGUUUGUCGUCGGUCUUGGUGAACAAAUGGCCCCCACAGAUAUCGAAGAGGGAAUGAGGGUUGGAGUCGAUCGAAAUAAAUACCAAAUCCAAAUCCCGCUCCCCCCAAAAAUCGAUCCCUCAGUCACGAUGAUGCAGGUCGAAGAGAAACCAGACGUGACUUAUUCAGACGUUGGAGGAUGUAAAGAGCAGAUCGAAAAACUACGUGAAGUCGUCGAGACACCACUCCUCAAUCCUGAGAAAUUCGUGGCCUUGGGGAUCGAUCCACCCAAAGGAGUGAUGCUCUUUGGCCCCCCAGGAACUGGAAAAACUCUUUGCGCGCGAGCGGUAGCCAAUCGAACCGAUGCCACAUUUAUUCGAGUCAUCGGAUCAGAGCUCGUACAGAAGUAUGUCGGAGAGGGGGCUCGAAUGGUCCGAGAGCUGUUCGAAAUGGCUCGAACCAAGAAGGCCUGUAUCAUUUUCUUCGAUGAGGUCGAUGCUAUUGGCGGGGCUCGACACGAUGAUGGUCAGGGUGGGGAUAAUGAAGUUCAGCGGACAAUGUUGGAACUCAUCAAUCAGCUCGAUGGGUUUGACCCUCGUGGAAACAUCAAAGUGAUUAUGGCAACCAAUCGGCCUGACACGCUAGAUCCAGCGCUUCUUCGACCUGGACGAUUAGACCGACGGGUGGAAUUUUCUCUCCCGGAUAACGAGGGCCGAGCCAACAUUCUCAAGAUCCAUGCCCGAUCGAUGUCAGUCGAGCGAAACAUUCGAUACGAGCUCAUUGCCAGAUUGUGUCCCAAUGCCACUGGGGCCGAGUUACGCUCGGUUUGUACUGAGGCGGGUAUGUUUGCGAUCAGGGCUCGGAGAAAGGUGGCCAAUGAGAAGGACUUCCUGGAUGCUGUGGAGAAGGUGAUCAGACAAGGAAGCAAAUUUAGCUCAACUGCUCUGUACCAAAACUAUAAUUGA